UCAAUCCUCUCCUCCUCUCUCUUCUCAACUCAAAACCCUACCAGAGGAAGAAGACCAAAAGUCGAAUUGAGAGAUUCUGAAGAUUCGUAGAAACUCUCAUCAUCUUAUUUAAAGGCGAAAGAUAGAUAUGACUGCAGAAGUUAAGGUUGAGGAGAAGCAGGUGGAGUCUGAGGUUGUUAUUGCCUCUGCUGUUGUUCCUCCUGUGGAGGAGACAACAGUGAAAGCUGUUGUGGAGGACGAAGUUAAAGCUGUGGAAGAGGUUGAUGGGAGCGAGACUAAGGUUGUGGAGAAGAGUUCUUCUUUUAAAGAAGAGAGCGAUUUCUUCUCUGAUUUGAAGGAUUCUGAGAAGAAGGCUUUGAGUGAUCUCAAGACAAAGCUUGAAGAAGCCAUUGUUGAAAACACGCUGUUUAGGAAGAAGAAAGAGACCCCUGUGAAGGUGGUGGAGAAGAAGAAGGUAGUAGAGGAGAAGGCUGAAGACGAGAAGAAGAGUGAGGCUGUUGUUACAGAAGAAGCCAAAGCUGAGGAAAGCCCCAAAGAAGAAGCAAAGACUGAUGCUGUUGUGACGGAGGAAGCCAAAGCUGAGGCAACUGAGGAUGUUGUUCAAAAGGAAAGCCCCAAAGAAGAAGUAAAGACUGAGGCUGAUAUUGUCGACACCAAAGAGGAAGUGAAAGCUGAGAUUGCAGAAGAAGAGAAGAAAACCGAGGAGGCUGUUGUUACCAAAGAGGCUGAUGUUGUCGACCCCAAAGAGGAAGUGAAAGCUGAGAUUGCAGAAGAAGAGAAGAAAACCGAGGAGGCUGUUGUUACCAAAGAGGCUGAUGUUGUCGACCCCAAAGAGGAAGUGAAAGCUGAGAUUGCAGAAGAAGAGAAGAAAACCGAGGAGGCUGUUGUUACCAAAGAAGCCACUGUGGAGCAGGAGGAAGAAGAUGAGAUUGUGGAUAACGAUAUCGAGCUAUGGGGAGUGCCACUGCUUCCAAGCAAAGGAGCUGAAGGAACAGAUGUAAUCCUCUUGAAGUUCUUGAGAGCAAGAGACUUCAAAGUCAAUGAUGCCUUUGAGAUGCUCAAGAAAACCCUCAAAUGGAGGAAGGAACAGAAGAUUAAUUCGGUCCUUGGGAGAGACUUUGGCGAGGAUCUUGCCUCUGCAGCUUAUAUGAACGGUCUGGACCGUGAAUCACGCCCGGUUUGUUACAAUGUCUACAGCGUUUUCGGUAACGAGGAGCUUUACCAGGCGACGUUUGGAUCAGAGCAAAGCAGAGAGAAUCUGUUGAAAUGGAGGUUUCAGCUGAUGGAGAAGGGAACCCAGAAGCUUGAUCUGAAACCAGGUGGUGUCACUUCUCUUCUCCAGAUCCAUGACCUCAAAAACUGCCCUGGACCUUUGAAGAAAGAGCUAUGGGUUGCAAUCAAGAACGCCAUAGUAGCUUUGCAGGACAACUACCCGGAGCUUGUUUCCAGAAACGUAUUCAUCAAUGUUCCCUUCUGGUUCUACGCCGUCAGCACUCUCCUGUCUCCAUUCUUAACACAACGAACCAAGAGCAAGUUUGUUGUGCCUCGUCCAGCUAAUGUCACAGAGACUCUUCUCAAGUACAUUCCAGCAGAGGAGAUCCCUGUUCAGUACGGUGGUUUCAAAAGAGAUGAUGAUACCGAGUUCUCCAAGGAAGCUGUUUCUGAAGUUGUUGUGAAGCCUGGAUCAUCUGAAACCAUCGAGAUCCCAGCUACUGAGACUGAAGGAACAUUGGUUUGGGACGUUGCUGUUUUGGGAUGGGAAGUGAAUUACAAGGAAGAGUUUGUGCCAGCAGAUGAAGGAGCUUACACCAUAAUUGUCCAAAAGGUGAAGAAGAUCGGUUCUAAUGAAGGUCCGGUCAGGAACAGUUUCAAGAACAGUGAGUCUGGUAAGAUUGUUCUUACCGUUGACAAUGUCUCUAGCAAGAAGAAGAAGAGAGUUCUGUACAGGUACAGGACCAAGACGGAAUCCUCUUGCUGAACUUGAGGCUUCAGUAAAAUCAUCUAAGCAGUCUCUGGAUAUAAUAUUCUUUUGCUACAGUUGAAAAGUUUGGUGUUAUUAUUAUUAUUUUUGAGUGAUACUUAACGUGAGAAAGAGAUACUACUGCCAUUGUUUUAUUGAAAUUCAAUCUUUUUUUGCU